AUGAGCUUUCAUGAUGACUCACAUAUUCUUUCAAGACUUGGAAGUGAGAAAGUUGGGUUUUGAGUUAUUAUUCUGGAGCCUUUAGUUCUUGACUCGAUGGAAGAAAGCCCCAGGAAGAAGCAGGAAAACGCGCAAAUAGCAAAACCGCACACAAAAAGGUCCGAGAAGUUUGUCGACGUGAAGUUGAAUCAAGAAUUGACCGAUUCCGAAGACAGUGACGCAGCUUUUGAUAGGGUUAGGUUGAAAAAAAUAUUUUUUAAGUUUUUAACUGAUUUAGUUUUUCAGGAUAUAUUGUUACCCACAAAUCGUAGCGCGCCGAGAAUACGAAGGAGAUCUGAAAACGUGAUAUUGAAGCUCGUCGUCAUAAUUAUUCUAUUUUUCAUUGCGGUGAGGACUUUCUCAUUGAUUAGAACUUGAAAAUUGAAUAUUUCAUCGUGUAUUUGACGAAAAGGAGAAUUUUUUGAAAGAACGAAUAUUUAAAAUUUCAAUUGUAAUUCUGAAAAUUUAAAAAGGUUUGUUCCACUUUUUCGGUUGAAAAGAAAUUAAGGAUGCUUCUCAGGCAGUUUUAAAGGUGGAGAGCUUUUUCUUCAUUUUUUUUUAGGUCAGUGAAGGCUUCGAAUCCUCUAAAAAAUGAGAUAUUUUUCAAGAUCUUCAAGAAAAUUUGAAAAAAUCUCAAUAAUUUUCAGGGUUUGACCAAUUUGAACUUGGAAACUUUCCAAUGCGGCCCUUCAGUCGAAGUUUUAUCUUGUGCUUGGUCUUGUUUCGGUCUAGUUAUAGGAAUUCAUGGAGGUUUCUCCUUCUAAUAUCAGAUUUUUGUUCAAAUUCUAUGUUUUCAGCUCGUUUGAUAUGUUUCCGGGUGAAUUUGCUAGUUUUCAUGAUGGUUUCUCUAUUGGGUUAUCUUUUUGCCGCGGUAUUUCCCAUCGGUUUCACUUUGUCUCUGAUUACGAGAGGGUUCUUCAUUGCCAGUGUGUUAUAUGGUUAGUUUUUUCGAUAAAAAAGGAAUUAUAAAUUUUUUCAGCCGGUUCUCUAGCAUGGUUCGGCAUUUGGCGGAAUCAGCAGCGCAUCUUACUACUUUUCCUCUUCAUUUUCUCCACUGGAAAUUUAUUUUCAAUGCUUUCUAAUAGUCCAAUGGCAGGUCUUUGUUCUUGAAAAAUUUCUUACAAAAAGUUAAAAUUUACAGAUUCCUCAAACUUGGGCCACUUUUUCCAAGGUUUCCGAGACGAUCCAACAUUCGUUUGGGAAGGUUUUGAUGAAGAGAAGCGUUAAUGAAACUUCUUUACCAGGUUAAUUUUGGAUGGAUUGAAAUUCUGGAAUUUUUAGAGGUUUUUGUGAUUAGAAUUGCAUGAUUUGAAAUUUUUUUGAUAAAAAAAUAAUUGACUAAGAAAUUUUUAUUUUUUUCCUUAGCUUUCAGGAUUUUUUUGAUAUCACAGCUGGAAAAAAAGUAUACCUUUCCCUUUGUUUUUUUACAAAAAUAGCAUCUUUCACAUCGAUUUCUAUAAAAAAAGACGAGAAUUGGUAUAAUAAAGUUACGAAAUUCAAAUUGUACGUAUUCUAAAACCUUCCAAGUAGUGUAGUAUUUUCUCAAUUAUUUAGAUUUAUACCAUAACUAUCCUUCUUUUCAGCCUUUGAAUUGGCCAACAACACGAACCUUCCUUCGAGUAAUGAUUCGGAUAGAGCAAAAAAGUAGGAACUUUCCUUUUUUGAAAGAAAUGAAAAUAUUCAUUUUAGACCAGAAGUAGCAACGGGAAGCGUUUCAAAAACUAAAACCAAAGCUGAGGAAAAUGCCGAGAAAGAGUUGGAAGCCGCGAAACAGCAGAAAAUCGAGGAGAGUCGGCAGAAUUCUACGGUUUCAGGUUAAUUUUUGCGUAUAUUUUCUUUUUUUUUUUAAGUUUCGAUUUUGAGUUUAUAAGAAUAUUGUUUUAUUUUCAUCAGUCCAAGGCUCACCGAUCAUCAGAAAAUUGGAAUGAACAAUCUUUUUGAUUUAAAUAUCAAUUUAAAGCAAAAACGUUCUAAACCAGUAGAAAAGUGUAGUUUUUCUGUUUUUUUUUUCAAUUUUGAAAGGCCUAUUUUCCUAUCGAUCGCGUAUCUCCCCAGCUAGAAGCUUUAAUGGGGAAGAAACUUUUUACUUUAAGUUUUUCUUUUUUUUUUCGUUUUCAAGAGUAUUUUUCAAAUGCAGCUGUAAAAAUUAAUCUAUUUCAUCAAAAUGAAAUUCAAGAAACAUUUUUUAUCUGUAUUUUUAGCAACUCUCACUCAAAAAACAACAAUUAGCUCCACAACAACAUCUACUAGUACUACAACCACCACUACGACCACGACCACUACAGUGGCCCCUACAAUCCCGCUUUCUAUAGCUUCCGCCCUUCCAGGAAGAGAAGAAACUUUGGAAAGGUAAACAGAAAAUAAAAAUCUAGAAGAAGUUUAAUUCAAAAAGGGUUUGAAGAAAGCGCAUUAACCGAAGGUGAGAUAGGCCAAGUGUAUUCAAAAAGUUGGUAGCUUUUGAACAUUUGAGUAAAAAUCUUUUUUUUUUCCCUUCAAAAGGGACAUGAAUAUCAAGCCUUAAACUGUUUUUUUUUUUUGAAGGAAAACCCGAGAAUUUAAUCAUUUUUUUUGUUCGAUGUUUUGAGUAUGGGAAAACUGAUAAGUUUUACGGGAUAAGCAACGAUUUUUCCACAAGAAAAAAUGAGUAGCUCGUUGAAAUCAUAUUUAUGGCGGAGUUAAAGUUUAUUCGAUGAGCUAGUUGCAUCUACGUCAGCAAACAGUUUCACGAGCUUUGAAAUAUUUAAUUUUGUUAAAAUUGAUCAAUUUAGAGCUAAAGAUUCCGUCUCUUCUACGUUUCCAUUUUUUUAAAUAAUCCUUAUUUCCAAAAAAAUACUUUUUUUUCAGAGACGAUUUCAAGAACUGCCCUCUUCGUAAAAACAUCCCUGUACGUUAGGGCCAAGGGAGAAACAAAUAUCCCUCUUUUGACCGCCGUUUCAAGCGUUUUCGUCCUCAUUUUGUUCUCUUUGGGCUACUUGCUGUGUUGUCUGCCGGUUGGAACUAAAACGGAAGCCAGAAUCAAGAAGGUAUUUGAAAAAAAAAUCGAAAAAUUUAGAAUUUGAUGCUUUUUGCAGUUGGAAAAUGAAUCGGCCGUCGGAUUUGGCGUCCGAUUGCGCGUCUGUACGGCUACUGUCCACACUAUUAUUGGAUUCUUACAGCGUUCGUUGUUUUUUCUUUUUUUUAGGAAUCUAUGAGAUUUUUCUGAGAAAUAUGUGAAGAUUCACGUAGGUGCAAAAGAAAAAAACAGGAAAGAUGGAAAAAUAGAGAUUUCAGGAGGAUUUCUUCAGAAUUUCACAGAAUAAAUUUAUGGGUACAUUGAUAAUUUCCUUGGAAUUUGUAAUUUUACUUGUUCAUUUUUUUGGGUAGUGUCAUUAUUUCUCGUCUCACAAUCUUUUUGCAUAUGAAAAAUGACGUUUUUCGAUUUUCCUAAAUGUUUUUAGAAAUUUUCCGAAUUUCAAUGCUUGUAUCAUCAAUCCAAUUACAAGAAAAAGCUAAAACUCGAGAAUCUUCUAUUUUCCACCCAAGUUUUUACGUUUUCGCUUUUUUUCAAAGUUCUUUCCAGCAGAAAGUACUUGUUGUUUUUUCCAUUUUUUAAAAAUGAGUUUUGAAGAUUUUUUUUAUUUAUAAUUUUUUCACUUCAGUUUUGGCUGUUUUUUACGGUUUUUAUUGGUUUUUUCUUCAGAAAUGCUUCAUUUCCACCCGACGCUUUUGCGCAACGCCGAAUUGUCUAGUAACCUGCACAUGGUCUCGUGUUUUUCCGCAUUUUUUUGCUUGUUUCCUUCUUCUUGUGAUGUGAGUUUCACACUUGAAAAAUUAAAAAAUUAAAAUUUUCAGUGGCAGACGCGUUGGGACGCUUCUCAUUGUCGUCGCAUCGUUUUCGAUUUACGCCGUCGCUCAAUUGAUCUUAAUUAUUUCCUCAACGUCUUCUCUGGCCGUCUUCUCAGCGACUUUUGGCCUCCAAACCUUAUGGGUUUCGAUGUUCUUCAUUGUUGAGGUGCUUGGAGAAAUAAUAAAUUCAAAUUUGAUAGGAUUGAGCUCUAAUUUGUCUCUACUGCGAAACUAAGCUUUUUGAAAGUACGCUCAAAGGAUUUAGGGAAAAAAAAACUGUAUUUCAAUUUAAAAUCUGAAUUGAAAGCUUGUCAUAAUCCUUUUUAAUCCUAUAUUUAGCUCAAUAAAAGCUCAUAAAAUUAUUUAAACAAGUUUUUAAAUGGUUCACUUGCGUCAUUCCGUUCAAUUUGGACAGGAAUCUUUAAAAAAACGUCAAAAAAACAUAUAAUAAUGAAUUCGGAGCUGAAAUUUUCAAAUAUUAUGGUCAUGAAAAAGGAAUUUUUUUAUUAUUUAAAAGAUACAUUAAAAAUAAAUUUUUGAGUACUUUUCGGAAGUUUUUUUGUGCCUUGAAAAUUACGUGAUUUUGGUUUUCGUCUUUAAAAACUUUCGUAACGGGUUUUCAGCCAGAAUAUGAAGAAACUUCGUUUAAAAAAAUUUCAUAUAACAGGGAUACGUUUUUGAAGCGUUCACUGUGAAUACAACGCAUUUAAAUGUUCCGGUUCCUUUUUUUUGUGUAAUCUUUAUUUUCCAGAGCUUCCUUGCUCCAAGACCAACAGUUCAACUUGCUUAUUUCCUCCUGGCUUGGGCUUUUGGAAGGCUUUUUGCCUGCUUUUUCGCCUUCGAAAUGCCUUCGCCGGCCAUUUCCAACACUGUUUCGCUGACAAUGACUGUAGCUGUCGGAGCCGUCCUCUUCUAUGGAACGAAGUUGUUGCUCAAAGCGAAGAAGUGAGCAUUGUGGAAGUUAGCUCAACAAAAAAAAAAUCCUAGAAGCUUUGAAAUGUAUUUGAAGACUUCUUUUUCGACAUCUCCCCAAAAUUUAUACGGCUUCUAAAGCUUUUACCUCUGCUUUCGCCAUCAUAUUUUUUUGAAAAAUCAAAUCUGAAAUUGAUAGAAAAAUUUUUUUCUAACAGUCGUUCAAAAAGUUGAUCUCUGCGAUUUUUUUAGCGUGAAAAAAACCAUUGAAAAAAAGAUUUAGAAUUUAUUAAAGUAUGAAAAAUUUGGGAAAAAUAUCAAGGUUCAGUGGCUUUUUCAGUGGGUUUUAGCUGUUAUUAGUUUUCCGAAAGCCCAGUUUUCAAUAGCUUCACAUUAAAAAUAGCUUUGAAAUGGUAAGAAAAAAUCUGUGCAUCGAGAUCUUUAUGAAAUGAGCCGAUGUACCUUCAAAAAUCAUUCCGAAGUUUGUUGAGAAAAGAAAAAAUAACUCGAAUUUUUAAGGCUCAAAGAAAUCCUUGACAACUCUGGGGCGCCGAUUCUGGGCUCGGAAAAACGGAGCGGCGAAUAUAUCUCUCUAAAUACCCGGAUUCUGGACCCCGACGACGACAAUGACAGCGUUGGAAUGAUCGACGACCUUCUGGACCGAAGCUCGAUGGAUUUGGACUUUGAGCUCGAGCAGAUCGGCAUCAAUGUCGACGAAUCUCAGCCACUCACUAAAUAG